ACUGCUUACAGCUGACUUUGUUCGUAAAUUGUGAUUUUUUGUUAUAAAAAAAAUAGAUUAAACAAUGGGGCGCGCUGAGGCUGGUACGCCCAAGUACCUCGCCAAUAAAAUGAAGGCGAAGGGCUUGCAGAAGUUGCGCUGGUAUUGUCAAAUGUGCGAAAAGCAAUGCCGAGACGAGAACGGCUUCAAAUGCCACACCAUGAGCGAGUCGCAUCAGCGGCAGCUGUUGCUGUUUGCAGACUCGCCUGGUAAGUUUCUGCACAAUUUCUCGAAAGAGUUCUCCGAUGGCUACCUGGAGCUGCUGCGCCGGCGGUUCGGCACCAAGCGUACCAAUGCCAACAAGAUAUACCAGGAGUACAUUGCACAUAAGGAACACAUACACAUGAAUGCCACACGCUGGCUGACACUCUCCGACUAUGUCAAAUGGCUGGGGCGGACUGGCCAGGUUGUGGCGGACGAGACGGAGAAAGGAUGGUUUGUCUCAUACAUCGAUCGCAGCCCCGAGGCCAUGGAGCGCCAGGCAAAGGCCGAACGCAAGGAAAAGAUGGAAAAAGACGACGAGGAGCGAAUGACUGAUUUUAUUGAAAAACAAAUCAAAAAGGCAAAGUCCAAGGACGAUGACGACGACAGUGGGCAUGAGAAGUAUACCGAGCUUAUCCGGGAAGAAGCUGAGCCGCUUAAGUUGGACAUCCGAUUGGAGAAAAAGUUCCAGCCCGAAUCGAUCUUGGGCAAAUCGGCGCUAUUGGCAAAACGACGGAGCUCUGAGAUCGACGAAAAAGUUUUCAAGAAGCCCAAGCCAAUGUCGGCGGAAAAAGGCGGCUCCCAUUCCAAAUCUGCGCUGGAUGAGAUCAUCCAACAGGAGGAGGCGAAAAAAGAGCGUGCCAACCGCAAGGAUUAUUGGCUGCACAAGAACAUAGUGGUGAAAUUCAUCUCAAAGUCCAUGGGCGACAAGUUCUUCAAGCAGAAAGCUGUUGUGCAGGAACUAAUCGACAAGUAUCAGGCGAAAAUCAAAUUCCUUGAUACGGGCGAAAAGCUCAAAGUGGAUCAGGCCCACUUGGAGACUGUGAUACCGGCCAUGGGCAAAACAGUGCUGGUCGUUAAUGGCGCAUAUCGCGGUGCCGAGGCUCUGCUGAAAAAGCUAGACGAACGCAAGUUCUCCGUCAGCGUUGAGAUACUCCACGGUCCGCUCAAGGGGCGAAUAGUCGAUAAUGUACAGUACGAAGAUAUAUCUAAAUUAUAUGACGCCUAGCACAACAACGGGAUAUUAGGAUA